AUGGAUAUCUUCACGGAAAAGGAUUUCAGUGUGACUGGAAACAUCAGCCAUGAAAUAGGACGAGGAAGUCUAAAAGACAGCCAGAGUCAAGGACUCAACCACAGUGACCCCUUGGACAUGUUUAUCGGCAUGGAGCUUCUUCUGCGCUUUAAACCUCUCUUCCUGCCGCUCUACUGCCUCGUAGUGGUCGUGGCAGGGGUCGGAAACUCAUUUCUGUUGGCCUGUAUUCUGGCUGACAAGAAACUCCACAACGCCACCAACUUCUUCAUCGGCAAUUUAGCAGCUGGCGACCUGCUAAUGUGUUUGAGUUGCGUUCCACUGACUGUGUCUUACGCCUUCGACAGCCGCGGUUGGGCUUUUGGAAGACCUCUUUGCCACUUGGUUCCCUUGCUGCAAUGUGCCACAGUGUUUGCAUCAGUGCUCUCACUUACUGCCAUUGCUGUGGACCGCUAUGUUGUUGUAGCUCACCCAGUACGGAGGAGGAUUUCUGUGUGGGGUUGUGGUGCAGUAACUCUGGGCGUCUGGCUUUUGUCUCUGGCCUUGGCUGCUCCUCCAUCUCUCUACACUCGCUACCUGGACCUGCGGCCCAGUGGCAUCGAUCUGGUAGUGUGUGAAGAAUUCUGGCCAAACAGCGGCAAUCUGCGGCUGCUCUACUCCUGCUUCAUUCUCACAACCUCCUACAUGAUCCCACUGCUGUCGGUCAGCAUAUCCUACUGUGCCAUUACUGUCACCCUAAAACACUAUUCCAUACCGGGGCAGCCAUCCAACAGUCAGCAGCGCUGGAGCCAGAGGAGGAAGAAGACCUUCUCUCUGCUGGUGGCCUCGGUGCUGGCGUUUGCGCUGUGUUGGCUGCCUCUCCAGGUGCUGAACCUGUUGCUGGACCUGGACCCAGACUUCCACAUUAUGGGAAAGCGCUACAUAAAUGUCUUACAAGUCUGCUGUCAUUUAGUGGCAAUGAGCUCUGCAUGUUACAAUCCCUUCAUCUACGCCUCACUGCACAGCAAGGUGCGCAUGCACCUGAAAGGCUACCUCUGUCCUUGCCACAAUCGUGAGAGGAGGAUGGUGGAGAGAGCAACGUCCAGGAGCUGA